UCCAUCAAAAACAAAAACAGACCAUUUUCUUCUCUCUGGUUUUGGUGCUCAUUUUCUACAGUAUUAUUCCAAGCAAUGGAGUUAGGUCUGAGCUUAGGCGAAGCUCCGACGCCAUUUUCGUUUCUUGAUCACAAGACACAGAAGAAUAAUAUGGUUAAUAACAAGAAGGAUCAGCUAGGGUUUUGCAUGGCUUUGGGAAACGCCUUCAGAUCAGAUCAAGAGAAAAGAGAUCAGGUUGAAGAUCAUGAUCAUGAUUAUGAUCAUCACGAUGAUGAUGGUGAUGAGCAUGAGAUCAUCAGAAGAUCAAGAAGGGUUUCUGCUGCAGAUCCAGGAGUUCCUAUUCAGCUUGAUCUUUUACCUUCUGUUCCGGUUCCCCGUAGUCACAUGAUCACCUCCUCACAGUUUCGCUUUCCUUGGCUCUCUGAUAACUUGGUUCUCUCUGAACCGGGUUCUUUAGAUGGACUGGGAAAGGGUUUUGACGUCAACCGGCUACCGGCGGCGGGCGCGGCGGCGGCGACAGAAGAGACGGAAGAAGGGGUGACGAUAUCGUCGCCGAACAGCACUUUGACGUCGUUUCAUGUGGAUUUCUGCGUCAGAAAUAGUAGUACAGGAAGUGGAAGAGAUAACAUUAAUAAUCAUAAUAAUAACAAAAGAGAUCAUAUUAAUAUAGAGCUGGAUACUGAAAGGGCGAGUUCCAGAGCGAGUGACGAUGAGGAAAACGGGUCAACUCGCAAGAAACUCAGACUCUCCAAGGAACAAUCAGCUUUUCUUGAAGAGAGCUUCAAGGAACACAGCACUCUCAAUCCCAAGCAAAAGCUUGCACUGGCAAAACAGUUGAAUCUCCGACCCCGCCAGGUUGAAGUGUGGUUUCAAAACAGAAGAGCAAGGACAAAGUUGAAGCAAACGGAGGUGGAUUGUGAGUAUUUAAAGAGAUGCUGCGAGACACUUACAGAAGAGAAUAGGAGGUUACAAAAGGAACUUCAAGAGCUAAGAGCCUUGAAAACCUCACAACCCUUUUACAUGCAGCUUCCGGCCACAACCCUCACCAUGUGCCCCUCUUGCGAGCGCGUCGCCACCGCCAACCCCGCCAUCUCCGCUGCCACCGCCACCAACUCUACUGCGACCUUGCCCCUCGCUAAGCCGAUCAUACAUCCAUUUUCUCAUGCACAAGCUGGGAAAGCAUCUGCUUCAUGAUGAGAUCAUAUUAUUAAUUAUUAAUUCAUUAGUUAUAUAUAUAUAUAUAUAUAUAUGUGCAUGGAUUGAUCAACUAGAGACCUUGUGCUCUCUACGUAGUAGUACUUGAUUUUUUAUGGUAUAGUUUUGUAAAUAGAUUUUGGUUUUUUGCUUUAUAUUUCUUUCUCCCAAAAGUCCUAUAUAUCUACCGGCAUAUUAUAGCUGGUUAAUUUCAGGGUUUAUGGAGAGUACUUUUUAAGUUUUGUUUAGAGAGGAGAGACAAAAGGGUGACAAAAUUUGUUGUUAAAGAUAAUGGAGGGAAAAAAAAAAAAAAAACACUAGCCCCCAUUUGUUGGUUCUUUUAUUUGUGGUCUUUUUGCUAAUUGUUGUUUUGACAGGAAAAUCAAUCAAUAUUUCGUUAUAAUCGUGUAGUUAUACCAGUUUUCUCCUUUUAU